ACAUUAGAGAGCAUUUUGCGACAGAGAGAACGAACAGCUCUGAGACUGAUCAGUAACUCUACCAGUUAAACUCACAAGCACAGGCUUUUUAAACACUGCAGGAAAAAGCUAAUGCUCAAUUCACUUGAUGAGAUGGUACCUCUAUAAUUCUAGGAUCCUGCAGGUACCUGUUACCAGGAAGACAGCGCUAGUUGUGACCCAAAGGAAAAACAAGAUUUCCCCUCUAAUAUCAUGCCAACGAUCAAGACCAGUAACUCCCUCGGAUCUUUCCCAGUGCACAACAAGAGGAAGCCUUUUAAACUACUUCUGUAGAAGUGACGUGCUAUACCUCGUGACUCAUUUGUGGGACCCAGCAGACCUAUCCAUGUUAUUGACUGAACUGCAUGUUGCAAAUAAUCCGAUUAGGGCCAAUUAUGCGUGAGAUUAUAAAGGCAAGUGCUGGAAGGCGAGCCAAGCAGCGCCACUCAUAGUCAUACAGCUGCCUUCUCCUCAGAGCCGGAGUCCUCCUACAGUUCAGCACUGUAAAAGGCAGACAGCUCCUUCUCCUCUGCUGCACUUGGGCUCCAACUUUCUAGAACCUGGAGUUUAGUCCACUCUCCUCUGCCACAGAUCCAAACUGUGACCCAUCUCCAUCCCAGUUUAGCGGGUCAAAAUUCAACCUGAAUUCUAACUCCUAAAUCAAGACUGUGCACCUUCCUUUUUACAGCCAACUUCUUGCUCAUCCUGGCCAGCACACUUUAAGUUGUUUCAUCUGUCUACCCAGAAGUAACCAGUGCUCAGUGGGUCAUAGAUUCGGUGUCACGGUUAGCUCCAACGUUGCCAUUUGGGGACCAGUACUACAAAUCCAGCUACUGAUCCAAGCCAAGCAAGUUCUAGGACACUGCAAAAAUAAAGGAGCCUCACUCCAAGCAUCCUGCCUCCAGGUGCAGCUCAGGCAACAUGUUUUAUUUUCACUGCCCCCCGCAGCUGGAAGUAGGUUCGCCUCCUUUUGGGGCUCAUGCUGCCUCAGAGUUUGAUGAUGGAUUUCUACGUAGAAAACAACGGAGAAAUCGAACUACUUUCACACUGCAACAGCUGGAAGCCCUAGAAGCUGUGUUUGCCCAGACGCACUAUCCUGAUGUGUUUACCAGAGAAGAGCUUGCAAUGAAAAUUAACCUCACGGAAGCGAGAGUACAGGUCUGGUUCCAAAAUCGUCGAGCAAAGUGGCGAAAAACAGAAAGGGGCAGCUGUGAGCAAGAAGGAGCAAAGGAAUCGGCUCCAGAAGUUACCACAGCAGGUAGAAAUCUCAGCCCUUCUUCUACAGUGGAGCCUGUACGAGGAAAGAAGGAAACCUUGGAAGCACAACAGAGGUGUCUGUCCCAUGACCGAGCUGUGGGUUCAGCAACUUCUUUCUUUCCCUCAUGCCUGCCGGGAGCUCUCCUAAACACAGCAAGUUAUGCUCAGGCUCUGUCACAUGUGGCUUCACUGAAGGGCAGUCCCUUGUGUUCUUGCUGCGUAUCUGACCCCUUGGGUCUCUCUUUCUUACCCCCAUACGGCUGCCAAAGUCAUCGCACAGCCAGUGUAGCAGCCCUCCGAAUGAAAGCACGGGAGCAUUCAGAAGCAGUACUGCAAUCUGCACAACUUCUACCUUCAGCAGGGAACAGCACUGGAGCAUCAGCUUCUGCCCCUCUUGAGGGAGGACAUGAGAGAGUACCACAGGCUGAACAAAGUGACACAGAAAAAACUGUAUGAGAGAACAUGACAGAGAGAACAAAAUGACAAACAAAAUGUAUCUGCCACCCACCGUGAUGUGCAUUGUCUUUAUAGCCUGAAAGAUGGGGCAUGUGAUCUACCAAGUUCUUGUCACUCCCUUUUGGGAAAAACAGAGAAAAGUCUUUAUCAGCAUUCAUGCUUACUUCAACAGUGAUUCUGCUAUUGGGCUCCAGACUUGCUCACGGUAACUAAAAGAAGGCUGUGUAAUGGAUGGGUCCAUUGCUCAACACACAGACUGUGAGUUCAAAUAGGUGCGUGGGUGCAUGGGUGUAUGCACCCAUUGCAAACAAAUAUUUAGUUUUAGUCAGGGCUUCCAAAGCUCUCAUGAACCACAGUAGAAGACUUUUUGGGUCUUAUGGGUCUUGCUAGCCUCAUCAGCUGCUUUCUAUGCUGUAAGAAAAGACCUAAUUUGCUGCAGGCUUAAAUUCUGCCAUAUGUAAUAAAUGUUCCCCCCUGGGAACAAGAGCAUGGUGGACUGUGCCCCAAUAUAUCAACUAUUUAUUUAUUUAUUGUCCUAUCCAUUAUUUGUUAUGUUAUAUGACACUAAGAUUGCAUUGGUCUUAUUGCUUGGAGAUGAGCAGAGCUCUGAUCCAGAAGUAUUUUUCUCAUUUAAUAUUGUCUGUGGCUUCAUUAAAUUGACCUCUUUCCUGCCAAAUA